AAACACUCAAACAAAAACAAAAUUUCAAAAUGACUCGCGGCAACCAGCGCGAUAUCAACCGCGACCGUACCGUCAAGGCCAACAAGGAGAAGUCUAAGAGCAUCCCCAUCAGCCAGAAGGGCGACAACGUCGGUCUGACGCACUCGCAGCGCAUGGAACGAGACGCACAGGCAUUGCGUGACAAGGCCGCCAAGAAGGCCGCUGCUGCGGAAGGCCAAAAGUGAGCAACCUGGACGACUUCGGUUGUUGCUCUCAGUCUCUCUGGUCUGCGCUCGAGCGACUACCAAACAAAAAAGCCACUCGCGAAUUGUCUGUUUCGCUAACAAGCUUUGUUGGGGUUUCGUGGUCUCCUUUUUGCUUCCGUUUUGCUUCUAUCGCUUUUAUUUUUGACGUUUGCACGCACUUUUGGUUACACCUUGAGUGCUCUGUUUCCAUUCUACAGAAAUACAAAAAAAAAAAACAUACUCCCG